AUGUCCGAAAAGAAGUUGACGUACAAGCAGAAAGCAGCCAUUUCUUUCAUUCAGCAAGAUGAUCCUCCAUUUAUAAAGCAAAUGAAGCUCAAAAUGGGAUAUAAAGAGGGUCCGAAGUUGGAAGAUAAGUUUGUCGACGAAGAUGCUGUUGAAGAAGUUGAAACAACGGAAGGUUUCCUCAAUCACAUAAUAGUUUUGAUAUUUUCUCGAUUUUCGGUUGUUGUGUUAAAUCCUGAAACUGAUUUGAAUCCAGAAGAUCUGAAAGAUGCUUUAGAAGCCAAAAAAAAAGAAAUCGAUGAGAAAAUGAUUGCUGAUGGUAAAAUAACUUUCAAAAAACCAGUGAAACGGUUAGCAGAAGAAACUGAUGAAGAAGUGUCAAAGAAAAAGCUCUACAAAGAGAAGAAGGUAAUAAAAGAACCCGAGAGUCGACUACUAUCAUUCGGGGAGGACGAAGAAGAAGACUAA